AUGCAAUUCACUUUUGCCCUGUUCACCGCAGCUGCGCUGCUGACCCCUGUCUUUUCCAAUGCAAUCCCCCCGAUGAGCCGCCGCGAGUCCGGCCUCAAGCUCGAAUCCUGCACUACCAGCCAACAGGCCGCCGUCGAAGCCGCCCUUCAACGCGCCGGCUCUCUCGCCAAGGCCGCCGCUGACGCCGCUGCCAAUGGCGACGCUAGCAUCUUUGAAGAGUACUUCCUCACUACCGACACCGCAUCCCGCGAGGAGGUCGCCGCCCGCUACGAGGCCAUCGCCAAAGAGGCCUCCAACCCCAGCAGCGGCAAGGUGACCUACAACUGCGGCAACGGUAUUGAACAGAGUCAAUGUGGCGGCGGUAAAGGUACCCUCGCGUACGCCCUCUCUGGCAGCAACAAGGUCGUCAACUGCCCGGACUGGUACAAGUUGGUGCCCGAGACCGACAACUGCGGCGGCAUUGACCAGGGCCUCACCAUGAUCCACGAGCUCUCGCACAUCAGCGGCGUCUACAGCCCGGGCACCGGAGACCACGCGUACAAGUACAACGACCUCAUCAAGCUUUCCCCGGAGCAAGCUAUCCUGAACGCCGACACCUACACCUUCUACGCUGCUGCUAUCGGUCUUGACUGCAAGGAGGGUGAGAGCAAGGGCGUUGAACUCCCCGAUUGGAUGGUCGAUGAGAUCAUCAAUGGCAAGCAGUAA